GUUCCGAAUUCACUUGUUUCUUUGACUUGGGGAAGAGCGUCGAGAAACAUGGCGUCGACCAGCCGAGAAGGCCUGACUCUGCCCAGAGUUCAGUGUCCCAACCACCCUGAUGCCAUACUGGUGGAGGAUUACAGAGCGGGGGACAUGAUAUGUCCUGAAUGUGGCCUUGUUGUAGGUGACCGUGUGAUUGAUGUGGGCUCAGAGUGGAGGACGUUUUCCAACGAGAAAGCUCUCAAAGAUCCAUCCAGGGUUGGAGAUGCUCAGAACCCACUGCUUAACGGAGGAGACCUCACCACCAUGAUUAGCAAGGGAACAGGUGCAGCCAGUUUUGAUGAGUUUGGCAAUUCCAAGUAUCAGAACCGGCGGACCAUGAGCAGCUCUGACCGGGCCAUGCUGAAUGCUUUCAAAGAGAUCAGCACCAUGGCUGAUCGCAUCAACCUGCCGAGGAACAUCAUAGACAGAACAAACAACUUAUUCAAGCAGGUUUAUGAACAGAAGAGCCUGAAGGGCCGAGCCAAUGACGCCAUCGCAUCAGCCUGCCUCUACAUCGCCUGCAGACAAGAGGGUGUACCCAGAACCUUUAAAGAGAUCUGUGCUGUUUCCAGGAUUUCAAAAAAAGAGAUUGGUAGGUGCUUCAAGCUGAUCCUGAAGGCACUGGAGACCAGCGUGGACCUCAUCACCACAGGAGACUUCAUGUCCCGCUUCUGCUCCAACCUCGGUUUGCCCAAACAGGUGCAAAUGGCAGCCACCUUCAUUGCCAGGAAAGCUGUGGAGCUGGACUUGGUUCCUGGCAGGAGUCCCAUCUCGGUGGCGGCAGCAGCCAUCUACAUGGCGUCCCAGGCCUCUGCAGAGAAGAAGACCCAGAAAGAAAUCGGAGACAUCGCCGGCGUCGCAGACGUCACCAUCAGACAGUCGUACCGACUCAUCUACCCACGCGCAGCAGAACUUUUCCCUCCAGACUUCAAGUUUGACACACCUGUUGAUAAACUGCCCCAACUGUGAAGAAGACUGCCAAAGACUCGGAGCCGAAGUUUGUUUUUUUUCUUUCCAUAUAUAAAAAUAAUUUGUUUUUGGAUUUGAAAGAUUUCUCUUGUCCCGCCUGAGACGAGCUGACAGGAAUAAAGCGGACACACAUUCCAGACCGAACUCCAGUAUUUCAUGAGUGUAUAUACUGUACCGUGUAUAUAUGUCCAAGUGUAACUGAUGCUUGACAUUUUAGGCUGGUUUCAUACUGUAUACAUAACUUUGUUUUGUAGGAAAAGAUUGGUUUUUCUUUGAGUUGUUCAAAAUAAUUUAAAAUAAAAAGAUUUCAUUAAA